CCUCAAUCCCUGCCUUUCUCUCUCUUUCUCUCUCCCCCUCUCCCUCGAUACACUCACUACUCUACGGCAAUCCCCAGCAGCAGAAGCAGAAGAAACAAGAAAGAGAAAGAGAAAGAGGAGGAGGAGAAGAAGCAGAAGAAGAGAAGAAGCUGAAGCUGCUCACAGGAAGAAGAAGAAGAAGAAGGAUGACUGUGCACUGUCAGUAAGGCAAGUCUGUACAGGAUGCAUCUAGGUUUCUCCUUCUACGCCAAUUGUACGCCCUUGGCACUUUCCAUCAAGUAAAGCGCAGGUGGGUCUCGUCGCCACAAAGGUGCUUUCAUUGCUCGCUCACUCAUGGCGUCAUCUCUUCUGUCGUCCCAGCACCUCGGACGUACAGCGUUUUCUCUGUACCCAACGCGACGCCUCUCGGGCCUCGGCUGCGCCUGUCCCCGGUCGGUCGGUCGGUCGGUCGAUCAGUCGGGCGAGAGCGGGAGCGGGACGCGAGGGUAGGGAUUCGGGACGGGGAAUCGAGGCGAGGAGGUGUGAUGCUAUGGGGAUUGAAGGGAGAUGGGCAGAGGGCGAAGGUCAGUAAAGAAAUACGUGCCGAGAAUAUACUUUCGGGUCGAGCACGGCUCAGGGUCUUCGUCGGGCGGUCAGGGCAUCAAACUCCUCCGACGGCCGAGUCAUGAGCACAAUCGCAGAAGCGGGUGAUUCUCGUGAAAAACAUGCUCUUCUGUUCUCUCCGCUCGAAGUAAAUGCGCCGCGACGAAAGUGGAAAAAGAGUGGAGAGAGAAUGUCUGCCCGAUGCGGUGAACUUCCUCCCCUCCCACUACCAAGACCUACAGUAUCCUCUGCUCGUUUCGCAGUUACCCGUCGUCGUCGCCCUCUCUUGUCCUGGCCUCGAUAGAUAAUCGAUUAAAUUGGUCCUCAAAUCCCAAGAAAUCCUUUUUAUAUUUCACGUUGCCCGGCUCUGCCAUUCUUCGCUUUACCCUCGACCAUCUUCUAGAUGUUAACCUGCGCUUUACCCUCGACCAUCUUCUUCUACGUGUUAACCAGCGCGCUUUUCUUGCGCGCUUUUCUUUCACUUGGGUGACCGAGAGCUUCCAUACACUUCUCUCUCUUGUUCUUUACGCGGAGUUGUAGGGAGGGAGGAGUGCGGAAGGUCCCGAGGCAAAAAUAAGUGGGCAGAUGAGGUGAACGAAGAGGUUUCAGGAGGUUUAAUUGUGGUAACAGCACGAAUGGCAGACACAGUCCGCAUUAGUAGUGGAAAAGCGCGAACUCGGUCACCGAUCGUGCUCCGUAGACCGGCGUCAUGUCUCUUGUCAACAGCAGAGACCAAAUUCCGAGACUCUGACACCGGCCAGGCCCGCCCCGCCUCGCCUCGCCUCGCAAAGCUUUCCCGUCCGAAAGAGGCUGGAAAUCCUUCUUUCCACGAUUCCGUGCACCACUCGAUACUCGACGCUCGACGCCCGCCAUAGCCGAGGAAUUACGGUCCGCCCGUCCGCACUCGGCCCGGCGACACUCGAUCCCUCGCCGAUCUCGAUGCCCCUCCACUCUUUCGAUCGGUCCCGGGUCGCGCACGCGGCACACCGUCGCGCGGCAAUCGCGACGUUCAUUGAAUUUCGCCCUUCGCGCCUUUCUCCCGGACCCUCGGCCUCGGCCUCGGCCGUCGUCUCACGGAGGAGCGAGAUUCCCUCCCUCUCUCCUUCCCUCCCUCCUUCCGUGACCGAGAAGAUCGCGACUCUGCGACGACGCGGAUGCCAGUCGGCGAUUCGGCGCCGAGAUGCAUCGAAUAUUCCACGAGCGGCCGCGGCUCCGGCUUCGGCUUCGUCCCGGCAGCGAGAGAUUCCCGCUCCGCCCGGAGGACGCUCGACGGCGUCUGUCUCCGCGCCCGCGCGACAGCUGGCGGGCCCCUACGCCCGCCACCUGCGCAAGAACGGCGCGUCUCCGAGAGGUGGCGCCAUAUUUGAGGGGCGGAGAAGAGCCGCUGCGAACGCGUGACGCCCCGCUAGCGUCAUCUCCCGCGGAUUCUGUUCCUCGACAAGGACCGAAAUUGCUCUUCACGGCGAAGAAGGACGAACGAAAGAACGAACGAGAGAGAGAGAUGGGAAGGAAGGGAAAGCAGCAACAUCAUCAUCAUCACCAUCAUAUUUAUCGAAGAGGACAUAAAGAGGCUGCACACACACCUACCCCAAGUGUAUGGGACGAGGAGCUUUACCUGAAAUCAAUUCACGGAUGUUUCCUACACGUGUCGGAUCGGGCAACAGUGCGGAUCAAAUCUCUCUCCGGCCUGGGAAGAAGAAAAGUCCGGGACCGUGAACGAGCGAAGGGAACGAGCGAAUUAAUUUGCGAGGGCACUUAUUGUGGGUCUUAUGAUGAUACAGCGGCCCAGUGAUGGCGUUUUAGCGCAGGGCAGGAGCUUACGCGAGCACGGGCCGCUGCUAAUGGUGGCAGCGGGGUGCUUACGUCGGAAGCACAAUUGUUGUAUCUGAUUGCCAUGAAUCGCCCCAGAUUGUAAAGGUAGGGCAAUCAACGCUCUAGGUUGAGUCAUGGCUGAUGUAUGCUCCAGAGUUCGCGAAGACGAAUAUCUUGGACCUCGCGCC